AUGCAUCGAGCGCUUCUCGUACACGAGAUACUAGAGCAAAUCUUUGACUUCGUAGCUCAUGACAAGGAUAUCUGGCACCACCAUGGUCACGAGGACCUUCUCCACCUUGCCCUUACUUGCAAAGCGUGGUCGGAUAUCGCGCUGAGCGCGCUAUGGGCGAAGAUAAUCAACUUCAACAUUCUUCUGCACAAGUUGCCCGAACUUCGUGCGUCAAUCGGUGGCGAAUGGGUCGUCUCGCACGAGUUAUCGGAUCUCGACAUUGGCGACUUUCUUCGAUGCUCCCGCAAGAUGAAAGAAUUGGACUUAAGGCGCGCAGUUUACCGGUCUAUGUCCGUGAUGUCCGACUCCGUUUUCACCGCUCUCGAUACCCUCAAACAACGAAUCGACUUGUUUCCCCGCCUAACUUCGCUUUGUUUCGAUCCAUAUACUCUUUCUGCCCAUCACGCCACCCUCUUCACAUCUGCGCGUCUCACGAAUCUCGAAAUCGAAGUUGCCCCGAAUUUUCAGGAAAUCAAUACAAUUAAGGCCGCGUUGCAAUCGUUCAUCCGCCUCCUGGUUGACCAUUCACUUCCUCGGCUCGCCAGCAUUCGUGUAUCUGGUGACAUCUUCGAUCCGCCUACGCUGGUCCUCCUUUCCCAAAUCCAUUCAUUGCGCCGUGUAUGCAUGCGAGUGGGUGUUCCCCACCAAAAAGAUCGCGCCUUCUUGGACGCUCUUUAUUAUAUCUGGCGUGUUCAAGGAAUUACAGAACUCCGUUUACAACUCGGUAACGAGGGAUGUUACCGGGAACGUGGUGGCCCACCUCCUCCUCCUCCACCGCUGCCGCCUGGCAGGAGGAUAAUCAAGGGCUCCUUCGACCCUCUAUUCGCGAACGAGCAUAUACUCGUCGCCGACCAAACAUACGAAGGACUUUCUUCUGUAUUGCACACUCUCAUGUCAUAUGCUCCUCGAUGCCGGCGUUUGCAAUUGACUGUCAGACAAGACAUAUCCUCGAUACAUUGGACCGAGCUCAUCCGAGCCGUCUUCAAGCGCCCUACGUCAUCCCUUCAGAAUAUCUCAGUUCACUUUCGUGGGCACACACUACUGCCGGCGACUGCCAUGCUGGAUAUGCCUCGGUACGAGAACCUGCAGGUUCUUGUUAUGAGGGCUCCCCUCGACUGGACGGACGACGUGAUCGAGCACGUUGCUCGCUCCUGUCCCGCGUUGAUAUCUGUCUGGUUCUUCCUCGAUGCGUUCUUCGAAGACGGCCCGCACCUCUCGUCUGCUGCCCUCGUUUACUUGGCAGUGCACUGCAAGCAGCUGAAGCGCCUCGGAAUCCGGCUGAACCCAAUGGAGGGGCUCUCACGGGGCUGGCUUAUUGCCCCAACCGCGUUCGACGGCCAAGAGAACCUGCUCAAGCUGGAGAUACAGUUUUGGCCGUAUCUCAACGAGCCGCACGAAUCGUUCGCCCGUCUUCUCAGAUGGCUUUUCCCCCGCCUAGAAGACUGGUCUGGAAUCAUAUGGUGA